GGUAGUUGAGGUUGUCUUUCGAGAUGCAUUUCCUCAGAAAGUCUUAAUUAAGUCGUACGGAGGCGUAAAAAAAGUAGCGCUAGUUGAUUAUUCAUAAAUAUCUUGCUUUUGACUUCCCAUCCCACAAGAUUCAUUUUACCAUAACUCUUCUGGCGUCGAAAUUUGCUUCUGUUGUCGUUUUAAAGUGAAUCAAUUCACAUAUAAAAAGAGAAAGGGGGUUAGCUCCGCGGAGAUGUCACGGCCGGAGCGGACCCACAUAUACGGUAUUCGGGACGGGGGCAGGGCAUGCCCAUGUCACUUGAUCCAACGCUCUGGCUUGAUCCCUUUUUGGAGUUUUCGUUACUCAAUAUGACGCUCAGGUGGGAGACCAAUUGGUCAUCGCGUCUUUGUAUCCCUGGAGAAACCUCAAUGUUUUAGUCAACGGUUCUCAAAUGUCUUCAUUAGCCGUCCUUUCCAAGCCCUUGGUGCGCAAAUGACACCAUUCCCUUGCGCAAUGAGAAAGAAAAGGUUUGGGUGGGAAAAAAUAACAACACAUGCCAUUGACGUAGGCACUAAAAGUUGGGCCUAAUGUCAUAAAUAUGAUCUGAUCGGUCCGCUGGCAUGUCUGCGCAUCGCGGGCGACGAGCUCUCGUUGCUCGCUUACCUUCUUCCCGCGAUAACCUUUUGAAUUCUCAAUCUCGAUUACGAUCUCGCAUCCCUGACGAUUCGACAAGGAUUCGGAAGACACAGAUGCCUUUCUGCCCGUCAAAAUGGAACUUCGAAAUCGACGACUACCUUAACCCCUGGCUGCCAGCCGCGCCGUGGAAGCACAUACCGUACCCGAUUGCUCAUUUCCUAGGCUACAGGCCGGUGCCACAAAGACCGUUGGGGAACAUAGCCAUGACAUUCUGGGCGUUCAUCGGAGUUUUCUGUUCCCUGACCAUUAUCGAGUUCGCCGGUCGCGCCAUUCCCUCUUUUGAGAUGCAUGGCGCGCCUAUCAUUAUCGGCAGUUUUGGUGCCGCCGCAGUUCUGGAGUUCUACGUUAUCGAAUCGCCUCUCGCGCAACCUCGCAGUGCUGUUCUCGGACAACUGUUUUCGUCCAUCAUCGGUGUUGCCAUUAGCAAGUUGUUUGCACUAGGUUCUGUGUCCAGAGACUUGACGUGGCUCGGUGGCUCGCUUAGCUGUGCGUGUUCCGUCGCAUUCAUGGCUCUGACAGGGACCGUUCACCCGCCAGCAGGCGCCACGGCGUUGCUUGCCGUGGUGGACGAGGGAGUAGCGCAUCUCGGGUGGUUUCUCCUGCCCGUAGUCCUCCUAGGCUGUGUCUUGAUGCAGUGCGUGGCGCUGCUAUUGAACAAUAUCCAGAGACGAUUCCCCGUCUACUGGUGGACUCCGGCGGAGCUAGGUCAUCGGAAACAGCAGGAAAAUAGCAGCUAUGACUACGAAAGCGAGAACGGAGCCAAGCUCGAGAUCGCCAAAACCCAUCACCUAGAAGGUGAUUUCGUGGAGGGCGCGAAAGUGGUUAUAAAACGAGGACGCGUGCUCGUGCCAGAUAGUGUGUACGUCUCACCUGAGGAGAGGAUUUUCUUGGAAGAAUUAAGUAACAGAUUAUGA